AUGUCAAAGACUCCGGCUUCCGCGUCGAUGAGCAUCGCCGCGUCGCCCUCCAUCUGCAUCGGCCGUAAAAGAACGAUUGCCACAUCGCCGAUCGUCUUCUCACCCACCGGUGUGCCGGCUGCCAAGAAGUCGAGGACCCUGAAGAAGCCCCUCAACACGUUCAUCUCGUUCGACCAGUUCAAGCAGAUGCCACUCGACAUCUGGUUGAUGUACAAACUGACGCGCAGCGGGGCGGACUGGUGGCCGGAAGAGAAAUAUCUGCUCGCAUACGGUGAUGAAUACGGCUUCAAGCGCGAACUGGACCGCGGCUAUCCGCCGUACGAAGGCCGACGGUGCCACCAUGUGUCGCCAGACGUGGAUCGCGAGCCUCCGGCCGUCGAAGACCUCCAGAUACUGCUCAACAACGCGACUUUUGAUCAAUUUGGAUUCGGCAGCGGCUGGCCGGUGCCCGACGCCGAGAAGUACGAGAAGGCGCCCUACAUUCGAGCUCAAACCGCGAUGCUGCCGAUCGAGGGCCCGAAAGAAGAACUGUGCCGCCAGAUUGCCACGACAAAGCCGUACUGUUUGGCUGUACACUCCAGCCCGGGCAAGGCUGGUGGUGAACUCCGUUCUACGAUUAGCGAUGUGGUGAUGCUGAUGCCGGACUUGAAGAAGCUGUGGGUCCACCUUGGCCGUGAGAUCUGCGAGUCUGAGUGCCUCGUCGACGUGAAGAUGCCCACCAUCGUCGUCUACAUGGCGCUGAUGAAAGAAGUGCCCGGCGCCAAAGACGAUUACUACAAAACGUACGAGCCAGACGUCGCGCUGCGCGAGCAGUUCUACCACACACUGGUGCCCACGUUGCAGACCAUGAUCCUGCAAUGGGCGAAGCGGGAACGCGAUAUUGACCACGUCGUGGUGAACGCGCUGCGGACGGCUGCCGGAGAAGACACGUACAUCACAUCGGACGACUGCCCGGAAAUUCUUCGAGGU